CUUUGGGUAUACCUUGAUUCCCAACGUCUUGUUUUCUUUUUUGUUUUAGCUUCAAUCUUUCGUUACGAUGAAGCUCUUCAACACACUCUCGCUUCUACUCGGCGCAGCUGCCACGACUGUCUUUGCCGGUCGCCAGGACGGCAAGAACCCCGAUACAUUCUACCUGAAGACUUCCGGAGCUGAGAACUCUGCACACAACGAUCUCUAUGUUUACGGAUACCACGCGGGCGCUGGCAUUAACGAUGCGGUCCUUACACCAGACAUUGAAACAGCGAGCAGGGCCUACCUGAACGGCACCAAGGUUCUAUUCGACUACAACACAACAUUCCCUUGGGGCUUGUCGCCCUGGGGCGUUACCAACUAUGCGGCAUGGCAAUUCGUUCAGAUCAACGCCGGUACCGGACAAGACGGUUUCUCCGUCAACAGUACCGGCUUGCAAUGGUCGCAGCAGAAGGGUUUCGGUGGCUGGCUAGUAUGCGACUGGUGGCACAACGCACCCCAAUUAUUCUACCUCUACCGGUACUACGACGCGGAAUACCCCGCCUCUUGCAGUGAGGUGAAGCUUGUGACCGAACCCACUGCGUGAACCGUGUUAUGACAUUCCGCCACCCGUCAGACUCUCGCGGUACCAGUGGUCGAGACUCGAGAGGCUCAUGACGCGCGUGGCGGGCUUGAUGAAUCAUCCACUCUGAGCUGGGUCGGUCCGUGGAGGGCAUGCAUCAUUGCCAUAUGCCCGGCCGUGUGUGUCCUGGCUUUGGGACCUGAGACGAAAUGUAACGGUUCCAUGUUUCAUAAUUUUAAAUCUGUAAUGCUAUCGCUGUUGGAAUAUUUUAUCUAAUGUUGGGAAUCAACAUAUUACCGGAUCUUUCCA